AUGAAUACACCGCCCGUUCCAAAACCUCGGUCUUCAGGUUUCUCACAGAAUGAUUCAUUGAAAAGGCCAGUACCGUUACCUCGUACUAAGGUACCUGUAACUAAUGAAAGAGUCACAGCAUCUGAAGUGUUGCGUUCUAUAGGUACGGUAUCAAAACAAAUAACUGAAGAUGUUGCACAAAAAGUUACAAAUUCAGCAAAAUUUGCAAAUGAUAAAAUUGAGAAAUCUCUUAUGGAUGGUUCAAAAUUUGCUAAGGAUACUUUAGAGAAAACAAUAAGCACAUCAAAAGCUGUGAGAGCAUCCGUUACAAAGUCUGUCAUAGAAACAACAAAAACAGCUGGUCUAAAAAUACGUCGCACAAAAAAAUUAGAGACAGAUCAGAGUGAAGACUCUCAAAGAUGUGUUUCAAUGCCAGCAGCUGAUGUAUCAUUUUUUGACAACAUUCAGUUUUAUUCACCACUUCUAGAACAAAAAAAGAUAUCACCUGAAGCUGGUCCAUCUGAAAAACUUCAAUCACCAAGCUCACAAAUACAUUCUCAAAUAGAUAACCUGUCCCUCCUUUCUUGUAAUUCAGAUUCUAUAACAGAUAGUAUGAGUACUUCCCAUGACAAUAUUGAAUAUGAUCAAAAUGAUUUGACUUCUUUUUUAGAAUCAGAAAUGACAUAUGAUACUCCAAAACCAUCUAGAGCUAAUAGUUUUAUUAGUGUGAAAUCUGCACCAGAAGUGCCAGGAAGAAGAAAAAAGAAAGAGAAGAUAGAAAUCAUGAGACAAAAUUCUCUGUAUGAGAACUGGACAUUAUCUCCAAAACCUAAUGUAGAAUCUAUUGAUAGGCCAAGUAAAAGUACUAUUUAUGAAUUUGAUCCCCUAAAUUUUACAGCACAGCCUAAGAAAUAUGAUGGUGUUAGUAAUGAAUUACUACUGUUGGAGUCAUUUCUGAUUGGAGAUACUUAUGGUACAAUUGUUUCAAAUGACGUUGGGGUGGAUGAUACAUUUGACUUUGUUGAAAGUGAUUAUUUCAAUCCCCCAACACCACCAGAAAGAUUUGACAGUCUUGCUGUUGGUGAAAUUGCUGAAAAACCUACCUUAUCCCCCAGUGUAAAAGAUAAUAAUUCAAAUUGGUAUGUUGGAAAGGAUUGUUCAAGUGCAGAUGUUGUUGAAGAUACAAAAACAGGAAGUUCUGUAAUGCAGAGAUUUUCAAACAUGCUAAAAUUUGAUAAUGUGUUAAAUAAAGGCUUGAAACAAUCUUCAGUCAAAGUUGAGAAAGUGGAACGGCCGGCAAUUAACCACUUACUUGUCCCUUACUACAGUGGAACUCUGAAUAAAGUAAUUUCCGGAACAGUUGAAGAUUUGUUCAAGAAUUCCCAAUCUUGUAGUAGAUACUGUGUUUUAUCUGACCACAAAUUGAUGUGUUACUCAGAUCCAAGUAACUCAAUAGUGAAAGAAGUUUACACUUUAGACAGUCUUAAUUCAGUUCAAAUUGUAUUACCAUUAUCAUCUAGUACCACAAAUAACUCAUACUGCUUUGAGUUGACAAUUUCAAUGGGCGUUAAGAGUUCACCUCGAAAAGUGCUCUUUGGCUGUGGAAGUGCUUCAGAAAGAAGAAAUUGGGGACAAAAAAUUGCUGAACAUCUCACUAAUGGAUUUCCAACCAAAUAUACAUCAGAGUUUACAAGGUGUGGAUGGUGUUACAUGAAGGAAGGGGUUACUGGAGAAUGGCGUGGAGCGUGGCUUAUGCUGGUGAGACGAGUCCUUGUCUACUACACCCCUCCCGAGACCCUUUGUACGGUAGACCUUAGGAAGACGAGAUGUGUUGUUAACCAAGAUGCAGAUGAAGAAACAAAACAAAAGUGUUUAUCGGACGGUAGCCCAAAUCUUCUGCUCGACUGUCCACAUGCAACUGUAUAUUUGAGAUUCCAACACGAAAAAGAUCUAAAGAGUUGGAGGUCUAUGAUUAAGUUAGCUGCUCAUAAUAACGGGGCGUAUUUACACCAUCAGCAGCUUACCAAGGAUGACGUUCCGGCCAUAGUCGACAAGUGCAUUAGUUUUAUUUAUGCCCACGGAAGUCUAUCCGAAGGUAUAUACCGGAGGGCGGGCAGUAGUUCAGUGCUGUCGGAAUUACUCGGACGGUUCAGGCGUGAUACGUGGUCAGUGGUUUUGAGUCCUGGGCAGCAUUCGGAGCACGAUGUUGCCGGUGUAUUAAAACGAUUCUUUAGAGAUCUCCCGGAAUCGCUUAUACCGCAAGACAAACAUAAAGUUUUAAUUUCAGCUCUCGAAAUCACGGAGAAACACGAACGAAACAGUGAAUAUAGAAAAGUGAUGUUCUCCUUGCCUCUCGUUGCACGCAAUACGGCGAGGAAAUUGUUCGCGCAUUUGCAUUUCUUAAAUACAAUGGCGCACGCUAACAAAAUGAAUGCUGAAAAUCUGGCCUCGGUUUGGGCACCUACCAUAAUGCCGGCAGCUUUGACAAGUCAGACCCUCCAAACAGCAUGGUCAGCCAAGGAGCAAUAUGUGGUCCGGGAUCUAAUAGCAAACUACGAGGAGGUAUGGGAGCCAACUGAAUCGGAAACCCGACGCGAAGCGGCCAUACGUCGCGUUCUUAUGCGAGUAUUAAGUAAUACUGCGCCUGCGCCGCCUAAAGCCGCUGGAGAUUUGCGAGCGUGGAUCUACGUGAAUGACAGAAACACGUGCCACCAAAUCGCGCUAACGCCAAACAAAACAUGUUCCGACGUUUGCAUUGAGCUUUGCGAAAAGGCGCAGCUGGAAUCACAUUUAUUGAUGAUCGAAGAAGUUAUUUGCAAUGAAUCGAUGAGAAGAAUAGUUCACAAAGACGAAGUUGUUCUAGAUGUCGUUCUACGCUGGAGUUAUUGGGAUGAAGAGGAUCGAAAAGAGAAUUACUUAAUGAUUAAAAAUAAUAAAUUGUUGCACGAUAUGGCUGUUAAGAGUACAGCGGUUGUUUGCGGAGAGCUUCGAGUCGCGAAUGAAGCAAACAAAACAUUUAAAUUGCACAUGUUUGAGUGUAAUCAUACGAAGCUGUGCUAUUUCAAGGAUAAACAGGGGUCACACAAAAUUGAAGAAUGGCCGGUGAAAGAUAUUUUAUGGUACAUCGGUCACGAACCAAAACGUAAUCCUCAAUCUCGAUGGGCCAUCACGUUCAUACCAAAAAAGAAUAAACAGAAAAGGUCGAAAGAUCGUCCGUGGUUCGGUGUGACCAUUGCGGGCGCGGUAACUGAAGAUCAAGUUAAAUGGAUGACAGCGUUAAUGCACGCUGAACACACGGAUGUACUUCCUACACCGCGGCUUGUCAUCACUUAA